UCUCCACCCCACCCCCUCUUUCUGGCGUCCAUCCCCUCCCCAACUCCACCUCUGCUGCUGCCUCUGGCUGUGGACCUGCACCUCUUCCCCAUCCCCGACAGGCCUGGGGAGCGGGGUGAGCCUGGAUGAGAGCUCCCACAACCUGGGGCUCUCCCAGGCCAUGGCCCCAGUGCUCCCAGGGAGGAGCCCCAGACCCUGAGCAUCUGCUGGAGGCUUGGCAGAGGCCCCGCGGGGACCGUGUCUUCUGAGGACAAAAGGCGGCGGCCAGCGGGCAGACAGGGAGGGGGAAGGGGGGACCGGCAGCCAGGUGGGCAGACGGGUAGCAGGGGUCAGUGCUGGCCCCCCUCUCAGCUUGGCGGUGGCGUGAAGAUGGGGGUGGGAGUGUGUAGUUGGGGAAGCACCUGCCUGGACCCCCACCUGCCAGCUAGCUGGGCACCCCAAGGCUGUGUGCUGCCCACCUGGUGUUCCCCAACACCCCCAGCCCUGCCCAGUGCACUCCUCCAGUGCCUGCUUCCCCUGAUGUCUGCGAUUUAGACCAGCCCGGCUGUAUCCACGGCAACAGAAGCAGGAGUGUCACUGGCUGCCAGAUCACGAAGGGUCCCACAAUGUGGCCUGGGCUGUGAUUUAUCCUGAGUGAGACAGCUUGAGCCCCCUCCCUCGAUUCCAAGACAGCCCUGCUGAGAGAGCCUAGGUGCAGCCCAGCAGGACAACUGAUGGAGUCCCCCGGGGCCCAUCGAGUACCGGACUGGCUGACCCCAUAGGGUUGGGAGCAGCCCCUGCCCCUCAGUAUGGCCAACACCACUGGAGAGCCCGAGGAGGUGAGUGGCGCACUGUCUCCGCCAUCAGCAUCGGCUUACGUGAAGCUGGUGCUGCUGGGACUGAUCAUGUGCGUGAGCCUGGCGGGCAAUGCCAUCUUGUCCCUGCUGGUGCUCAAGGAGCGUGCCCUGCACAAGGCUCCUUACUACUUUCUGCUGGACCUGUGCCUGGCUGAUGGCAUACGCUCUGCCGUCUGCUUCCCCUUUGUGCUGGCUUCUGUGCGCCACGGCUCCUCAUGGACCUUCAGUGCGCUCAGCUGCAAGAUUGUGGCCUUUAUGGCCGUGCUCUUUUGCUUCCAUGCGGCCUUCAUGCUGUUCUGCAUCAGCGUCACACGCUACAUGGCCAUCGCCCACCACCGCUUCUACGCCAAGCGCAUGACACUCUGGACAUGCGCAGCUGUCAUCUGCAUGGCCUGGACCCUGUCUGUGGCCAUGGCCUUCCCACCUGUCUUCGACGUGGGCACCUACAAGUUCAUCCGUGAGGAGGACCAGUGCAUCUUUGAGCAUCGCUACUUCAAGGCCAAUGACACGCUGGGCUUCAUGCUUAUGUUGGCUGUGCUCAUGGCAGCCACACAUGCUGUCUAUGGCAAGCUGCUCCUCUUCGAGUAUCGACACCGCAAGAUGAAGCCCGUGCAGAUGGUACCAGCCAUCAGCCAGAACUGGACAUUCCAUGGCCCUGGGGCCACCGGCCAGGCUGCUGCCAACUGGAUCGCUGGCUUUGGCCGUGGGCCCAUGCCACCAACCCUGCUGGGUAUCCGGCAGAAUGGGCAUGCAGCCAGCCGGCGGCUGCUGGGCAUGGACGAGGUCAAGGGUGAAAAGCAGCUGGGCCGUAUGUUCUACGCGAUCACACUGCUCUUCCUGCUCCUCUGGUCACCCUACAUUGUGGCCUGCUACUGGCGAGUGUUUGUGAAAGCCUGUGCCGUGCCCCACCGUUACCUGGCCACCGCUGUUUGGAUGAGCUUCGCCCAGGCUGCCGUCAACCCGAUCGUCUGCUUCCUGCUCAACAAGGACCUCAAGAAGUGCCUGAGGACUCACGCCCCCUGCUGGGGCACAGGAGGUGCCCCGGCUCCUAGAGAACCCUACUGUGUCAUGUGAAGCAGGCUGGUAGGCAGACAGGCAGGGAGAAAGUCAGGGCCACCAUGAUGGGGCCAACAGAAGGGGAGAGGUGGGGCUCCAUACAGGAGCCUUUCUUUCUGAGCUCCAGCCCCAGCCCCUCGAACCACCUGGAAUCUAGGCACCUUUGCCAGCACCUCCCCAGGGUUGGGGACUGGGUGGGGGACUAGGAAAGAGGCAUUUCUAGUUCUGUGGGGCCCGUCUCCGCCACCUCCUUCUCCACUUCUACAAUCUCUCUCUCUCUCCCCCCCCCCCCACCUCUCUCUCUCACACACACACAGAAGUGACAAUUCAGAAAAAAAAAAACCUGAAAAUGCAGGGUUUUCUACUCACAGCUGAGGAGACAGGCUUUCUUGCUUUAAUGUCUCUCCUCUGACAUUGUCCAGAAGGGGGAAAUUUGUCCUGUAAAAUAGACUUCCAGAGCCCUUAUUGUCCCCUCUGCUCCCACGUACCCUCCCCUUCCAAGUCCUUUAGCAAGGCCUGGAUGUUUAGGGAGAAAUUGAUCUGCUGACAAGAGGGACCGAAGGGCGUGCUGGGUUCCCAGGGAGCAAGGAAUGUUUAAUUGCUACGUUGUGUGCAAUGUUGUUUUAGGCUAACCCUGGUCCCAAGCCCGGUCUUUUCUCUGUCCCCACCAUGUCCAGACCUCCCAAGUGUUUCUUGAGCAUCUGUUUGAGAAGCCAGGAGGGGAGGGAGAAGGGCUUCUGGGAUGGGCCCAGGUUAGGUGAAGAGCAGGAUGUGAGUACAUGCCUUGAGCUGAAGAGACCCCAGCUUGGCUGCAUUCUCUCAGGCUGCUUCCUGGAUCCCCGUCCCCCAACUCUUCUUCUUGAGGAUGGAAAUCCACUCCAACCCCACCGGGGUUGAUGUGGGUGCCAUACAGGCAGGAGCAGCCCCCCACCCAUGGAAGUGUAGGGAGAAAGUCAAACUCUCCAGAAUGGCUGGAUCCCAAAGGCUGGGGUCAGAGUGGAAUUCAACCCCAGAAUUGUCUCCUGAGUUCAUGAUACUCUCCUGAAGAUGAAAAUUCUUUGAGGGCCUUGGUAAGUCAUAGUGGUAUGAACUCCAAGGCACUGUGGACUUGAGUCCAUUCCUCUCUGACCUCUUUUUGUCCCCCUCAAGCCUCAGGAGCCUCAAGCCCCUCUGUGGUAACCCUUGGCCUUCUGGGCCCUCAGCCCCCAACUUCCUUGCGCUGAACAGCCCUUCCUCUCUUCCUCCCUCCACCAUUACUUCCACCCCAAGUGGAGCAGACUGCAGCCAGAUUCCCCAGGUGGGAGAUCCCAAGCCUCCUUCCCAGGGCAGAGUCCACUCUGGGCUCCCAUCAAGUCUUAUGGACUGGUGAGCCAAACUGGCAUUCUUUGCCUGGUCUUGCCCAAGUUCUCUGUCCCCCUCUCAUCUCCUGGGAGAGAGGGAGAUCUGUAUUUAUCCACCCCCUUUCCCUUCCCUACAGAAGCCCUUGUCCUACACUCCCUCCCUACUCCAAGACAGCUCCAGAACUGGGCAAGCCUUGACCCAAGAGGGGUGGAGAAGGUACUCUAGGCAGGAGAGACAUGAAUGAGCCUGGCUAUGGAGUGGCCCUGGAAAGGCAGGCCAGAGUGGCUGAGAGGCUGGGGGUGG